AGCAUGUGUAGCCCUUACUCUGACGUUAGAUCGGUUCUUAGCACAGUGAUCUGACCUUUAAACUUUUUGUAGGCGGGCUCGCACCCGCGGCUCUCCCACAAAAUGAGCGCCGAACCUACUGUCACCGCUACGGUGACAACCGAUGGAGCGCAGCGUAGGAGCAACUUGCAGUUUCCAGACUACCGCCGCAGCGUGGCGCUCAAAUAUGUCAAGCGAGGCUACACAUUUCUUAUGUCCUACUUGUUUGCCAUUGCUUUGGUGCCGCUCGCGGCAAUGCUGCUGCUUGAGCUGGCCAAUAUGCAUCGUACGGGCGAGCUCUUACGGAUCAUCAGCGUCGCCAAGCAAACGGACCUGACGUUCGACCUGGUAACAGUGGUGCUGACCGUCGCAGCCCUUGUAGCUAUCAUCGUUAGCUACUACGUCCUCCGCACCCGACCUGUGUAUCUGGUUGACUACCAAGUCUUCCGUGCCCCUGAGAGCUGGACUGCCACGUACGCUCGCUUCAUGGCAGGCUCCAGGGGCUGCGGGCGCUUCACGCCUGAGGCUCUGGAGUUCCAGGAGAAGAUCCUGGUGCGCUCCGGCCUGGGCCAGGAAACCUACCUGCCGCCAGCUGUCCAGGUCAUUCCUGCCCAGUGCUCCAUGGAGAACGCUCGCAAGGAGUUUGAGGAGGUGGUGUUCCCCAUUGUGGAGGAGCUGCUGAAGCGCACGGGAGUGCACCCCAAGCAGAUUGGCAUCCUGGUGGUCAACUGCUCCCUCUUCAACCCCACUCCCUCGCUGGCGGCCAUGGUGAUCAACAAGUUCAAGAUGCGAUCCAACAUUCUGUCGUACAACCUCGCCGGCAUGGGCUGCUCCGCCUCGCCCAUCUCGAUCGACCUGGCCAAGCAGCUGCUGCAGCUGCACCCCUCGCAAUACGCGCUGGUGGUGUCAACCGAGAACAUCACGCAGAACUGGUACUUUGGCAACGACCGCGACAAGCUGCUGCCCAACUGCCUCUUCCGGGUGGGCGGUGCGGCCAUCCUGCUGUCCAACCGCCGCCGGGACGCAUGGCGCGCCAAGUACGAGCUGAUGCACACUGUGCGCACCCACCUGGGCGCCAAGGACGCGGCCUACAGCUGCAUCUUCCAGAUGGAGGACGGAGAGCGCAACAUUGGCGUGCGCCUCACGAAGGAGCUCUUUGCGGUUGCUGGCGAGGCGCUCAAGAUCAACGUGACCACGCUGGGCCCCAUGGUGCUCCCGCUCUCGGAGCAGCUGCUCUUCUUCUUCAACCUCGUGGCUCGCAAGGUAUUUGGCUACAAGGGCAAGCCCUACAUCCCGGACUUCAAGCUGGCCUUUGACAAGGUCUGCAUCCACACUGGCGGCCGCGCCGUGAUUGACGAGAUCGAGCGGCAGCUGCAGCUCACCACGGAGAUGGUGGAGCCCUCGCGCGCGGCGCUGUACCGCUACGGCAACGUCUCCUCGUCCUCCAUCUGGUACGUGCUGGCCUACCUGGAGACGUUCCAGGGCAUGCGCCGCGGCGACCGCAUCUGGCAGAUGGGCUUUGGCAGCGGCUUCAAGUGCAACAGCGCAGUGUGGCGCGCCAACCGCACCUUCAAGCAAGCGCACACCGCCUGGGAGGGCUUCAACCUGGAGGAGAUGCGCGAGCACCUGGCCUCCCUGCCCAACCACCACAACAAGAAGGGGUAAACCCGAGCAGCGGGGGCCGCCAUCUCCCUGCUCAUAGCUUGCGCGGCAGUGGGCUACAAUAAGAGCCUGGUGCCGCCUGACAGCAAAUGAGGGAGAGGGGUUUGCGCCCUGCUCGUGCGCACCUCUGGUGACGAGACAGAUUGUAGGGUGGUUGAGAUGGUGGCAGCGGGAGGUCCCAGCAUGGAUGGGUGGUACAGAGGGAGGUACAGAGGGAGAUAGGCGGUGCGGCCGGAGAGCCCCGCUCCAUGGGACGGGGAGUAGAAUACGAAGGCGGUUGGGGUGUGUAUGUGGGGAACGACUUGAGCGCUUUCCUGAGUGGUCUUGGGUCACUGUGUAAGCAAUUGGGAAGGGAUGAGUUCCAGCAGCCGAUUGGGCUGCGGAGGAAAAGGGGUUUGACGUUGUAGCACCCGUUAGUCUUCCGUCUGCAGGACUGUCGUCUGAACUGUGUUGGGGAGAUUGGGAAUUUGACAGCAUGUUUUUCAAAUCCAGUUUUGUCGACUAUAGGUCUUGGGAUUACUUUCCUGGCUUAUAGUUAUGGACUAACUAACUGAUGAUAUCCAUCGGACCUGGUUAACAGUGACUCACCAUACAAUCCUAGCCGGGAAGCGUGACAAUGUUACUACGGUGUACGAAUGCCAUUGGCACGUCCCUACAUGUACCUCUCUGUGCGACAUAAGGCAGUCAGUAAGGAAGGUAAUAGGUAUUGUAAUGAAAGUACUUCUGGUUCUGUGGUGGCCUGUGGCAUCUGUUGUUGUGUUUUCCUUCGAGCUGCUUAGCUGGUCCGUUGUGCCGUGAGGCUCGCUACACUGGUGACAGGUGUGCUUGGGUGCUAGUAGCGGUAGCGCCAUCUUGUCACAGGUGCACUUCGGGACUUUGCCAUGGACGAGCCCACUGUUGCUGUCGUCUGGUUUCUGGUUGCAACCGCUGGGUGCAAUAUGCCACGGUGGCUUACGAGAUGUAACAGGAAUUGGGAUGUGAGGUGCAAAUUUACAGAUGGAGCUGCGCCUGUGGGCACAUACUUUAAUAUGUGACUGUCAGGGUGAACCGCCACAGUCAUAAAGGUUGCGGAUGGAUUUUGUCCUUUGGAAGUUGGCUAUCCGUGCUUGGAGGAAAGGCAACCUCUGCAGCCAGGCUACAUGAGGGUUUGCUACCUUGCAGGCAGAGCUGAGGUUGUAGCACAAGGACAAGUCGGAUACUCAGCUUGCAGUGUAACCCAAGAGCGCCUUUGCAGUUAAUCUGAUUGCUCUUCAUGCUGGCACAUCCUUUACAGUACCUGCCAAGUGUAUGGCGUGGUUGGGCCUCCACGAGGUGUGUCCAUCAUCUACAUCAUUAUCACUGCCAGUCUGCAAGCUGCAGUCACCGAUGGCUGGCACAGCAGGCUCAGCCGCAGGCUUAUAGUUGGAUGUGUAAAGGCGGGCUGGGAAACGGCGGCUGCCGUAUCAGGUGCCAAUGAGCAAGACGAGCAAUCCAAAGGGUACAGCAUCACUGUGUGCUCUGCUGAAUGUGAGAUGGCUCCUGUGGUAGGACACCUGGUAGGUGAGGCAAGUCGGGCGUGUUGCGCUCAAGUCGUGACCACUUUUAGGGCAAUUAACAAGACAUGACGUUACGCGUUUUGCACAUGAUGUUACACGUUUUGCUUUUGUACACUGGCUUGUCUCUCAUUGGUGCUUGAAGUGUCCAUGCAGAUUUUGGUGACUUGCGUUGGCGCUAGUUGACUUAUCGAGGCGUUGUUAGUCCGCCUAACAAGGUAGGUGCGGCGUUGGUGCAGGGAUGGUGCGGGGUUGGAAGAGUUGGCCUGCGAAUCUUAGACCUAAUCUGGGAGACCUAAUCUGCUUACGUCAAAUAAAAUGUUUUUACAAACACAACGCUAUAUGCACGUAUUCGCUGGGCAUAGGACGGCUAGUUCGCUUGGUCAAUCAUCCCGGCGACAAACCUUCCUUUAUCCCUUAGGAGCUUGAAAGGUUCUUGAAUCACUAUUAGCGUCUGCUUGAAGUGCCAUCCACAUAUUUUCUGGAACAGAACUCGCCUAAAUAAGGAAAAAGGCAUCUUUCUUUAAGGGCCCAGCAAGCCCUUCCGGACAUCGCGCACGGGAACGGACUAUAGUGCAAAUGUUGAUGAUCAACGUAACUGCCGGUGUGCAGUGGGACAGGAAAGGGAUUGGAGUAAGAAACUACUUACGCUGGUUACGCAGCAACCUGCAGCAACCCAACAAUGCUACAGCCCGCCCACCACCGUACGUUCAUGCCAGUAACGGCUCAGUAAGAAAGGCAAGUCUAAAUAAAGCAGCUUUGCAGUCGAGGUUUUUCACGGGCAUCCCUAAGACAGCCAUCAGGCCAACGAUUGAGCACCCUUGACUGUGAAGGUGAUCAACCGAAAGUGUAGACGCUCGCUUGCACGAUGAAACGCUACUACCCAUCCAUCUCUCGAGGACCUGUCGAGCGGCAACAGACGGCGGCACAGCAUGAUCAGGCCUUGCAUGCUGAACAACUGGAUCAAGAACUGCAGACAGAUGGGGUUAUGGUGGAGUUCCUAAAGAGGAAGCUGUGCAUUGUGGAGGCUGAGAAGUCAACCCUGCAGCAGGAGCUGAAGGAUGUACGGGUGCAGCAACAGGAGGAGCGAUGCCAGGCAGCCGCUGAUGUGGCAGGAGCCAUGCACAAGGUGGCCAAGCUUCAAUCAGAACAGCUGGACACAGAACGGAAGGUGGCUGGUCAGGGGGCAGCCCUGAUACUGGCAGCAGCAUCUGAGCUGGAGAAACAGGAGGAGAUCAAGAAGCUUCACAAGACAAUAUCGCAACUUGAGGACAUCACACAGGAGGAGAUCAAGAAGCUUCACAAGACAAUAUCGCAACUUGAGGACAUCGCACGUAAACUAGUUGUGGAUGUGGACACCCUAAGGGAAAGGUUACAACAGAAGGAACAACAGCUGCACAAGCUGCAAAUGCAGUAUGACAAGGCAAGCCAGCAGAAGGUGUCCCUGCAGGAGCUGCUGGACAAGGAAAUGCAGCAGAGAAACCAGGAUCAAACAAACCUGAAGCAGCAGGUGCGGAAGCUGCAGUCACAACUGGACGAGGAGAGGUGCUGCCACAAGACAGCUCUGCAGUAAGCAGCAGGUGCACCAGGCGAACACCAAGUCGUAUGAGGGCCCUGCUGAAGCAGCAGGUGGACAGAGGAGCUGCAGUCACAACUGGAGGUAGAGUGGUGCCAGAAGUCGGCUCUCAAGGAGGAGCUGCAGGUGCAGCAGGCAAACUUAAGAAGCAAGCUGGCCCUGCUGCAGCGGCAAGUGGAAGAGAUGAAGUAACUUCAAAUGGGUGGUCCUCACUCUCACAGAGUGAGGAGUUGGUGCAGCAGCAGCUCAAGUGAAGCUUGGUGCAAGCAAGGGAGGCAUGCCUGAAGCAGGAGGUGGCAGCAGGGCUGCUGCUGUCUCUGCUGGGGGACAAGGGAUUCUAGCAGGUCAAAAGAGGAUCUAGCUGGGGUGCUUUGCACAGCAGGUUGCGAUAGUUUUGGGACAAGUGGCUGCACAAUUGGAGGAAGCUGAAGCCAGCCAGGCAGCUGUGAGUGGACAGGAAGCCUAUAUAGAACUGCAUUGUUUCAAGGAGAAGUUUUUGGGUUAAGGAAGACGAGUUGCAUAUGCAAAUAACUGUAGGUGCGCCUUGUGUUGAAGAAACCAAGCCGGUAUAUAGUAUAGCAUGCAUGUGGUUACAGCAGGUUGGGACAUUAUAGAUGUUGCAAAACAUGUCGGCUGCGACUGCAAAUGUGAUCAUGGUUGAGUGGUAAAAUCUCUUUGUAGGGGCCCUGGUGCGGCGCUUAGGAAACCCCUUGCCAGGCUUGUUGGGCGCGGCACUGUGCUCGUUCCUUUGUAAGGCUAUUUUCCUGCUUCUACCUGCUCAUGUAUUAUUUUUAGGAUGGGUUAACCGUGUUUGACAAGUUGAGGAAGGGCAGCCUCUGCAGUGAGUAUGCAAUGUAGGGGCCAUACUAGAUGAGGAUCUGCUGCCUGACAAGUGGUCGCUGACAAUCGAGUUGGAUACUGCAGUCACAUCCUCACAUGGCGGCAUCUGCUUAAACCCAGCCAGUUUGGGACAACUCAAACAAGCCGGCAUUUCUCAGCUUGGAGGAUAGGUAGACUGAUCUGGGGCAGAUUGUGAGUGAGUGAGCUGUUACAAGCUCUAUGGCACGGUAUGGUAUGGUAUGGUAUGUUACAAGCUUCAGGCUUGUAAGGCCCAGACGAGCCAGUAGGCUCAUGGACCGCCCGAUAAACAAGCAGAGAAAGCAAAAGAGAAAGUUGUAGGCAUCAAUAUCGCAAAGCCAUACGCAGUGCUUCCACCCAAGAGUGAAAGCAGAGGUUGUCAUCGGGUGAGUUUACCAGCCUCAUAGUAUUCAAUUUCCGC